UAGAGGUUGGGAUGUCUGAAGUUUGACGCUGCAAAAGACAAUUAUGAUAAAUUACACGUUGUUGGUUUGAGAUAGUGUUUAGAUAUAUCAAUGCAGGAGGCUACCUUACUAAGUUUCUGUGGCAAAUCUUUAACAAGUGAACGUAAGAAACGGUCGUGACCGACUGUAAAGGGGUGGAACGUUGGAAAGUUUGACUGCAGAUCUGUCAAGUCGACUUGCUUACACAGACAACAUUUUCAUCAGCAUAAAAAUUCACAACUGAAAGUUAUAACUUUGUGUUUGUUUGUAUGUUUUCUGUUUUAGAUGCCCUAACUCAGCAAAUGGGGACAAGAAUCUCAGAAUUUGCAUUUGCCCAGGCCGAACAAAAAUGACUUUGCAAUGUCCCAGACAGGAAAGGGAAUAUUUCCUUAUGGUGGUGAAGGAGGCUAUAAAAGGGCAUAUAAAUGGUGCCGGUAUACAGUAACUUUCAGUUGUGUGUGUACACCUGACUUGAGAUGAAAGUGCUUCAAGAUGACAAAACUAGAUCUCAGUUGGCAGAGCCAAAGUUGGAAACGAGAACCAGAUGUCCGUUUUCAUUAGCCAUCAACAACAUCCAGAAUGGCUCACGCUACCAGGACACGCUGCACAAGCAGGCUGCCAAGAAUCAGGCAUGUGACUCAAUCAGUUGUCAGGGUUCAUUAAUGACUCCCAAAACAUUGAUUUGGAAUCCCAAACUGGCUCAAACUGCUCACAAUGAGAUACUUCCCCGGGCUAUUGACUUAAUUAACCAGUUAUUCAAGUCCAAAGUAAAUCCCAAAAUUGAGGACCAUCUUGCAAGAUUGGAGACUAUUGUAAAGGAAAUUGAUGUAGCUGGAACAUAUGAGCUGACAUUGGAAGAACUGUCGUUUGCGGCCAAACAAGCAUGGAGGAAUGCUCCAAGAUGCAUUGGUAGGAUUCAGUGGUCUAAUUUACAGGUUUUCGAUGGCAGAAAGUGUACAACUACUCAGGAAAUGUUUGAUCUGUUGUGCAAGCACUUAAAGUAUGCCACAAAUGGCGGAAACCUAAGGUCGGCCAUUACCAUUUUCCGUCAGAGAAUGACUGGUAGGGGUCAAUUCCGGGUGUGGAACAGUCAGCUGCUGAAAUAUGCAGGGUAUCGAAUGCCCGAUGGAAGUAUCCAGGGAGAUCCCUCCAGUCUGGAAUUUACUCAGAUAUGUAUCCAGCUUGGAUGGAGACCGAAAUAUGGCCUCUUUGACAUGUUGCCUUUGGUAUUGCAAGCCAAUGGAGAGGAUCCAGACUUAUUUGAAAUUCCACUGGAUUGUAUUCUAGAAGUUGCCAUGGAACACCCACAGCAUGAAUGGUUUAAGGACCUUGGACUGAAGUGGUACGCUCUUCCAGCAGUUGCUGGUAUGCUUUUAGAGGUUGGCGGACUGGAGUUUUCAGCAUGUCCCUUCAACGGCUGGUACAUGGGCACAGAAAUUGGUGUCAGGGACUUUUGUGACUACCAACGCUACAACAUUCUUGAGGAAGUUGGCCGCAAGAUGGGCUUACAUACUCAAAGGCUGUCCUCGCUGUGGAAGGACCAGGCGUUGGUGGCCAUUAAUGUUGCAGUGAUGCACAGUUUUCAGAAAAACAAAGUGACCAUCUCUGACCACCACUCCAUGGCAGAAUCCUUUAUGAAGCACAUGGAGUCGGAGUACCGGCUCCGUGGUGGCUGUCCCGCAGACUGGGUCUGGUUGGUUCCCCCCAUGUCAGGCUCCCUCACGUCUGUCUUCCACCAGGAAAUGGUCAACUACAUCCUCUCUCCAUUUUACUACUACCAGCCUGACCCCUGGAUCAGCCAUAACUGGAGCGAUAAGAACAAGUUCAUGAUCAGACAGAAGAUCAGCCUCAAAGCCGUGGCCAGGGUAGUCCUCUUGUCCUCAAUCUUCAUGAGGAGAUUCCUGGCAAGCAGGGUGAAGUGCACAGUACUGUUCGCCUCCGAAACUGGAAGUUCACAGACAUUUGCCCUGAAACUCCACACCAUCCUUAAUGGUGCCUUCAACUCCAGGAUGCUUUGCAUGGAAGACUACAACAUCAGUGACAUAGACACAGAAAGCCUCUUGAUUGUGGUAACCAGCACUUUCGGAAAUGGAAGCCCUCCUGCAAAUGGAGAGAGUUUUAAGGAGAAACUUUUCUCAUUGCGGCAUCUUUGCAAAAAGUUGAGAUACUGUGUAUUUGGGCUUGGCUCCCAGAUGUACCCCAAGUUUUGUGCCUUCGCUCACACAGUGGACGACAAGCUGGAAGAGCUGGGCGCUCUGCGGCUAGCUCCCAUUGGAGAAGGGGAUGAGAUGAACGGACAGGAGGAAGCUUUCUUGGCAUGGGCAUCUGUGACUCUCAAGGUUGCCUGUGAAGAGUUCAACAUCCAAAUGCAGUUGAGCUUUAAGCUGCCAGGGGCGGAUCAGCUUUGUGAGUCAUGGGAGCCCAUGAAAUAUCGAGUUUCCCAUGAAAACAGCCAGUUGGACCGCUGUGCAGCACUGGCAGCUGCCUAUUCUAAAACAGUGCUCCCCAUGAAACUGAAAAGAAGACAGGAUCUUCAGAGCUCUCAUUCAAGUCAGUCCACUAUUCUAGUGGAGCUAGAGAUGGAAACAAUGAAUGAUUUCUUGAGCUUCUGUCCUGGUGACCACGUUGGUAUAUUUCCUGGGAAUCCACCACAACAAGUGGCAGGCAUCCUCAAGCUCAUCCCUAAUGCUUCCCCGAUCAACCAGAGCCUUUGUCUGGAACAUUGCAGUGACUCCUAUUCUGAUAACAAGAGAAACUGGGCCACCGUGGACCGUAUCCCAGCAUGCCCUUUGUCACAGGCUUUAACAUACUUCCUGGAUGUGACCACACCCCCCUCUCAGAAUCUACUCUACAAACUUUCUCAGAUCACAAACCAGGAGGAGCAUCGCCAGCACCUGCUAACUCUGGCGACGGACGUCAAGGAAUAUAUGACAUGGAAGAUGUUCAAGUGUCCCACGUUCCUGGAAGUCCUAGAGGAGUUCCCAACCCUGGAGCCAUCAGAGGCCUUUCUCUACAGCCAGUUGCCUUUGCUGAAGCCCCGCCUCUAUUCUAUCAGCUCCUCCCCCGAUCUGAAUCCCAAUGAGAUCCACGUCACAGUUGCUGUGGUAAACUACCAUACUGAAGAGGGACAGGGUCCUCUUCACCAUGGGGUAUGCAGUACCUGGCUAAAUAACAUCAAUGAAGGAGACAUGGUCCCCUGUUACAUCCAAAGCUCCAGUGGAUUUCAUCUUCCUGCAGAAGCCAGCGCCCCAAUCAUCUUAGUGGGGAACGGAAGUGGGAUCGCCCCCUUCAGGGGGUUCUGGCAGCAACGACUGUAUGACAUGAAAUGUCCAGGAUUCUCUGGAACUCCGAUGAACCUGGUGUUUGGUUGCCAGACUUCAGAGACUGACCACCUGUACAAAAAGGAGACACUAGACAUGAAAAGACAAGGUGUUCUGAAGAACGUAAUAUCGGCAUACUCGCGUCAGCCAGGACAACCUAAGGUCUACGUGCAGGAUAUCCUGAGGGAGAAGAUGGCCGAAGAGGUGCUGACAGUUUUGCACCAGCAGGGGGGGCACCUCUACGUGUGUGGGGGGGUGAACAUGGCACAUGGGGUGACCCUCGCGGUGCAAGACAUCCUGUGCAAACAGCUUGGCAUGACCAGCACUCAGGCAGAGGACUAUGUGACCCAACUCAAGAUCAAAAAGAAAUACCAUGAAGAUAUCUAUGGAGUCAAGGUUUAGAAAUGGGAUGGUUAUGAGCUGCUGAGGAUUUCAAGGAUGUCACCAAGGAUUUUGACAGCUGUGGAAGACUUGUGUAGAAACUAUGUGUCAGCUUCUAACAGUUUUUGGUAACCGGGUAAGAUCUUGGGUUGCCUUUAAACAUUUUGGAUUAUUAAUAGACUUCAUUUAGUUGUUAAUAUUGUUUUUGCGGGGGAUAUCUGGGGAUACAUUUUUUUGGGGUUUACUCUUCCAUUUAUGCUGAACUGUCAUCAAACCUUCCUAUUUUCCUUCUACGUACAUUUUAACUCUUCAAGAUAUUCAGAUUAAUUUAUGGAUUUAAUUGGAUUGUUUAAUGAGUCAAGAGACCACUUAAAUUAAAGAGCUGAGGACCCUGUCUUAACGUUCCAUAUAUAAUUUAACAUGUUUUCCAAAAAACUUUUUAUAUUGUCGAUUGAGGAUUUUACAUUCAAUUAUUUAUUUCUAUUUGUUUACAUUUGACAAUUGAUCUUGACAUGUUAUGGUGCAAAAACAAAAAUCAUGUUUGCAAUGUGAGACUUUUGAGAAAAUAAACUUGUUGCCCUGCAGGACUACAGUACAUUAAUGUGUUUCCUAAAGCACUGGUGUACUGUAUAUCAUUUCCCAUACGGAAACCCUUUGAGAACCAAACUUUAAAUUUGUCUGUUUGUGCCCAGUCUGUCAAUAAAUGUCAGUAACAUGACAUGAAUCAGACAUGAUAUAAUCAGAAAUCUAUUUGAAUCAACUUCAAAAAUACACACACAGAACCUUUCUUUAAAUGUCACAUUUAAUGAUUUUAACUACUGUACUUCAAAUCUACACUUUUCCCCCCCCAACAUACAUUUGACCACAUUUGAGGAGUCAAUCACAACUCUUACACCUUGGCUUUCAAAGGCCUCUGAGCAGGACGAUGUUUCUAUACCGUGUUUUGUAUUCAAAUGACUCCUACCCAACUGGGCUUUAAAGAACAGUUCCUCCAUCACUGUCUGGUCACAAACAGAACUCCCUGGGUGUAGACGCCAUGGCACCCUGAGUCACUAGCCACUGUCCUAGGGAGCUGACUAACUCUUUCAGCUCGCAGCUGCUCUGUAAAGUACUCCUGGGAGGAGGGAGGUGAAGAGAAGAUAAAGGCUAGAGGAAUAUUGUCAUCAAGGACUCAAAAACUGACAACUUUUCAGUAAAAGCCAUGUCUUCAACUAACAGAUUAGUUGAUACUUGCUGGCUAUCGACCAAGUGUAUCUACCCUUCCCUCACUUGUUCGGGUGUGGUGGUGUUGAGAAGCAGGACCUGCAGCAGGAUGCGGUCUAUGCCCAUCCCCACAAAUCAAAUCAAAUCAUAUCAAAUUUAUUUGUAUAGCCCUUUUUACACGCAAGCAUGUCACAGAGGGCUUCA